GUUAUGAGAGAAGCUGACUUAGGACUUGCCAAUGCAUAUAUCAAUGGAGAAUUUUCAUUAAUGGAUAAAGAAGAAGGUCUUCUUAACCUUAUUUUGCUUCUUAUUGCUAAUAAGGAUACAAAUUCUUCUAAUACGAGAAGGGGAUGGUGGUCUCCUCCACUAUUUACGGCAACUAUAGCAUCUACAAAGUAUUUCUUUCAGCAUACUUUAAGAAAGAACACCAUUGCACAAGCUCGUAAAAAUAUUUCUCGUCAUUACGACUUGAGCAAUGAACUUUUCUCUCUCUUCUUAGACGAUACAAUGAUGUACUCAUGUGCCAUCUUUAAGAGGGAAGAUGAAGAUUUGAGGAUUGCACAAUUGAGGAAAAUCUCUAUUCUUAUUAAGAAGGCACGAAUCAACAAAAAGCAUAAGGUUUUGGAUAUGGGGUGUGGUUGGGGAACUUUAGCUAUUGAAAUAGUUAAGCAUGGAUGUCACUGUACCGGCAUUACUUUGUCCAAACAACAAUUGAAAUAUGCCCAAAAAAGGGUUCAAGAUCUUGGCCUUCAGGAUCAUAUUGAGUUUCUUCUUUGCGACUAUCGAGAAUUAUCAAGUACAACUAAAUAUGAUAGGAUCCUAUCGUGUGGGAUGAUAGAAGCGGUUGGCCACGAAUUCAUGGAAGAUUUUUUUGGUUCUUGUGAAUCAGUGUUAGAGGACAAUGGUCUUCUUGUUCUACAGUUCAUAUCAAUGCCAGACGAAUAUUAGAAAGAGUAUCGGCUAAGUGCUGGUUUUAUAAAAGAAUAUAUAUUUCAAGGAGGAUGCCUUCCAUCAUUAAGUAGAAUAACAACGGCCAUGGCUUCUGCAUCAAGGCUUUGUGUGGAGCACUUGGAAAAUAUUGGAAUUCAUUACUAUCAAACAUUGAGGUGUUGGAGAAAGAAUUUCUUGAACAAUCAAAGCAAAAUACUUCAACUCGGGUUCGAUCAAGGUUUCAUACGAACUUGGGAAUACUAUUUUGAUUAUUGCGCUGCUCGGUUUAAAUCACGAACCCUUGAAGAUUAUCAGAUUGUGUUUUCAAGGGCGGGUAAUGUGGCAACUUUCAACAAUUCAUAUGAAGAAAUAGCUUCAGCAUUCAAACUCCUUUGA